GGAGAAACAGAAACUCUAAUCGAUGGAGGAACAAGGCGGAGAAACUCGUGAAUCUAAAUUUUCCAGGUUAGAAUACGGCGGCAGUAGAAACCCUAACCGGGAGGGCAUGGAGGAACCAGUAAUAUAUCAGGGGAUACAAUUGGGCCGCGAGACGGAUGUACCACCUGAAGGAUACGAUUUCAUGUAUCACAGGAUGCAAACAGAGACGGGUGAAAAAUUGUUACCAAUCACGAUAGGUGGUAUCCCCAUAACACUGCCCAAACCCGGUUACUUUGAUGUUAAAAAACCCGGCCCAUUCCCUGGGAUUCCUCCUGAAAUUUUGAAGUAUAUGUAUCCCGACUAUGAUCCGUCAGAUCCCCAUCUAGAAGGUCUUAAAGGACGCAACCCCCCUUGUCCUCCGAAACCUGUUGUCUUCUUGAAUGAAGCGCGGAUUAGCUUCCAUCCAGAGGCAAGCCGAUCUCAAGCGCCGCCAGGAUGAGGCUUUGGAGAAUUAUGACCGUGACUAUGCAGCAUAUUUGUCCGGUAUCCAUUAAAUUAUAGGUUUGGAUUGGGUGCAAAUGCGAGCCAAUUGCCACUGCUACCUAG